AUGUCGGAGCUUCGAAGGGUUUCGCUGACACCGGCCUCUCAUACCGAUAGGUUUGGGAUGGGAGACCCUCCAGGGACAGCGAAGCCGGGGAACAAGAAGAAGAAAAAACUCACAAUGCGCUUCAACCUCGACCUGGGCAAUCCCGCAGACGGCGAGUGCCACGAAUUCAACUACAUCGAGCUCGUGCGGAAUUUCAAGAGGGGAAAGACGGAGGUGACCCAGGAAACGGACGAUCCUUUUGAUUCCGACGAUGAUGUGGCGGCUAUCGCCAAGCAAAUGGAAGAGAAGUACGGAUCUGGGAAAGUGGCCUGGGACGAUGACGUCGACAAGGGUCAAGGGUACGAUGAGGACGAUUCCUUUAUCGAUAACAGGGAAGCCUACGAUGAGUUGGUACCUCUCGACCUCAACACCAAAUAUGGCGGCUUCUACAUCAAUACCGGAGAUCUCGAGUUCGUUCAUGCACCGCCCGUGCAGUACAUGCAAUACCACCAGAACGAUGUGAACAAGACGAAAGCCACUCUCGAGGACUCGCCUGAUGAAGAGAGCGAAGAAGAGAGCGAGAGGGAGCCAUCUCCUAAACCUUCGAAAGCAGAGAAAAUCAGAAUGAAGAAAAAGCGCAAGAAGAUCGAAUCCGACGACAGUAAAGACAAGGACCAAGGCUCGGGUGAGAAACGGAGAAAGUUGAUGAAGAAGAAGGUCAGGAAGAUCGAGAGCAGUUCCGAAGAGGAAGAGGAAGAAAAAGACCAGAGAGAAGUGGAUAAGAAGGAGCUUGAAAAGAAAGAAAAGCUAAGCGUGAAGCAAGAACGCCAACUAGAUGACGCCAUCGAAGCCGUGGUCCGACACGCGCGAGCUCUCAACAAGAAGGAAGUUGAAGAGGAAGAGACCGAAGUCCUGCGACUUCAGGAAGAGGAAAUGGAGAGAGAAGAGCGUGAGAACGAACGAAAACGGAAGGAGAAGGAGAAGUCGGAACGAAUCGAGCGAGACAAGCAGAAACUUGCUGAGAAGGAACGAGAGAAAAGCGACCUCAAAUUCGAAAACUCGGAGCCUGGGAGCAUGCGGCUGCCCGACAGGAUGCCUAGCGAGCUCGAAGCGAUGGUGAAGGACAUCACUAAAGUUGCCAAAGAAGGCUUAGGAAAGAGCAAGUUCUUCCUGGCUAAUGGUGUCAGUGAACGAUUGUUAUCGAUUGAUAUGAUGGCUCGUCAGUCUCUGCCCUGUUCCCAGAGAACGCAAUUGUACUGCUAUCUGGCAGCGCAUUUACCCUGUAGCAAAGAAACGUUGUUAAAGAAGGUUAAAAAGCUCCGUCUUGAUGAAGAGGAUAGCAAGGUCAAAGAACCAAUGACCAGGUUCAAAAACGAGCUGAACCAGAUGGUGUACGACCAGGUUGAUAAAUACCGUCGGGAGUGUGAUGAAGUUGGUCAGAAACCCUGCGGAAUAUCAGACUCCGAGGGCGAGGAUGAUAUUCAAAUUCACAGAGUGUUUGAAUGGACUGACAAUCUUAGGAAAUUGUUCCGCGAGGUCGUUCUGCUGAAACUGAAGACGUACGAGGUCUCGAAACUCCGGGCUACUUCAGCUGAGGAUUAUGUGAAGAACUUUUUCGACAUAGACAUGGUAAAACUUUGGCCACGAGGAUGGAUGAGCUCUCGAAUUCUGCUUCGAAUGGUCCGAGAAGACAAUCUUUUACCUCGAGUUCGCAAUGAUGGCACACCCGCGCAAGUGAAGAAACUUGGCCAGCUGCAGAAUCUGAGUUCGGCAAACCUGAAUGAGACGCCGACUUCAACGGCGGCCUCGGCAGCUUCCACACCGCAGAGCACCCCGUACAGACCGAGAUUGAAUUCUUUGUCUUCUGUCGAAAUUCCGCUGAAGGACUCCUCGUUCAAAGACAGUUUCACGAUCGAGAAGACGCCCCCAACUCCUGCGACGUCCGUUAUAAAGGAGAAAGCAAAGCAGGAAUCGCCGUGCACACCAAUCAGCUCGUUCAGAGAACCCAGGGACUCAGGACCGGCGAUGCAAUCGGUCAUUUCUGAAACUAGUUCGCUGAACGUCCUGAAAGAAGAACGCGUCCCGACACCCCCACCUCAGGAACCAGCGGAAGCGCCGGUGCAUCUAAGUGUGAUAACGUCUCCACCUGCGAAGCAGUACCAUGCCUCAACACCUAGCUCACUACCUCAGGUCGAGACCCCGGUCUUCGGCGAUUCUUUCGUGACCACCCCAACGCCGUCGUCUGCGAGCAAGAAACAUUCGGCGACUCCUUUGCUCAAAGCCAAUUACCAGGCCGCCUUGCAAAAAAGUCCGCCCUACACGGCUUCUGCUCUGCAAGCUCAGGCUUUCGCCGAGUUUGCACAGAAAGCAACUCCGACGACGAGCGUGGUGAACUUCUCCCAGAGCGCGCACAAGUCCUCAAGCCAUCAGACGUCAUCGAACGCGACUACCCACUCGUCAUCCCAGUUUUCGUCGCCAGUGAAUUCGAUAGCCCCCACCACAUCGUAUCAGCAGAAAUACGCGUCAUCACAAGCAGCCCAGUUGCAACCAGCUCACCAGAGUUCUGCUUACCACCAGACAUCGUCGCAUUCGGCGGCGAGUUAUUUCGGAUCUCAGACCUCACAAAGUCAGAACUCUAGAGAGAAGGAACCACUCCUGGCAGCAGACGUUUUUGAUCGAAUCAUCACACAGCAUCUAGGCAACAGCGUAAAUUCAGUCAGCCAAAGUGCUUACAACCAGCCAACCUCUUCGUAUCAAUCGAACUCGAUGCUGUCUCCCACAUCGACGCACAGGUCGUCCAACCAAAAUCAUUCGCAACCGUCGCAGCAGCCUCUACAACAACAACAACAGCACCAGAAGAAAACUACGCAACUACCUCGAGCCACGAUGCCGUCUUCCUACAACAUAUACGAAGCUUUGCAACAACAACCUCAACAACCCAAGAGUCGUGAGCAAAAGAUGUCUUAUACCCAAAGCCAACAACAUUCGUCAAUGGUCUCUAAUGCACAAAUGUUGCAACAUCUGCAUAGUCAACAGCAGCAACAUCAAAGGAGUACCGCUAAUCUCGAGGGUAUGAAAGGCUUCCCCUCCCCUAUGUCAUCGUCUUCGUCAGUUCCUUCGUACUAUACCUCUUCAGCGGCUGCUUCGGCGUACCAACCACAGAGUCCACAAGUGCCACAGGUCGCUCACUCGACUCCUCUGACUUCAACUUCGAACCGUUACUCGUGGGGAGCGCACUCGGGAAUGUACUCCGCCCAUCAGCAGAGACAAUAUUACCAGCAGCAGCAGCAACAGCAGCAGCAGGAUCCUCGGAGGCUUCUGCUACAGCAACAACAGCAGCACUUUUUAUUCAGCACCAGUGUGAACAAGAGAAUGGCUCCUUUCUCCCUGAGCCCCAAACAGAUCCUGCUGCCGGCGCACUAA